UUCCCGUGUUAUUUUCACGAAGAAAUCCCAAAACAUCGUGUAAAAUGAUGGUCUAAUAUCGUUGAUGUGGUAGCAGUUGCAAUUCAUUAAAAAUCUGUUGUCAAAACAGCUUCAUCGGAAAAAUAGUGCGCGCAGAAUUGUCAGUGUUGGCUCGUCACUACGCCAUUUCUCAUCUAUCAUUGUCUAAGGUUGAUAGCUACUCGAACACUCACUGGAAUUAAUCACGCUCACCAGUUAGUAAACAAAAGUAACUCACGUUUACUACUUAUUGACAAUGGGCAAAGCAAAAACACAACAAGUUUCUGCUAAAGCUGGCGACAGCAAUGAUAUGGAACGCUCGAGAGAGGACCUAGAUGUGUCGGAUGAUCAUAUUGAUUCUCUGGAUGACUUGUAUUCGAAGAUGCAGGUAAGUCAAAAACCAUGCCAUGUCGGUAUAAAUAUCGUGGUAUUUACCACCUUUGGUUUCACCGCCGCGCAGCGACAGGAUCAGGAGGACCCGUGUAAAACAAAAUCGAAAGUGGUGGGUGACGUGACAUAUUGCGAUCGGUACUGGGAGUGUGUCAACAACCAACCGGAGCUGUACGACUGCCCCAAUGGGCUAGUGUUUGCCGGGAAGCAUCGUGGCGUGACGGAGGGUUGUGACUACCCAUGGCGGUCGGAUUACUGCGAAGGCAAGCAGUUGGCAAAUGGACCUAUCUCAACGGAGCACUGUGACUGGUUGUACGGCAUCUUUGGUCACGAAACGUCCUGUACUCGCUAUUGGACUUGCUGGAACGGUACGGCUACCGAGCAGCUCUGUAUCGGGGGACUGUUGUACAACGAAAACGCUCACAGCUGCGACUGGCCCGAGAAUGUUGAUGGAUGCCAGAAGCACCCCCUUUGCAACGACGACGCUAAUGGAAACGUUCCGCUAGGAAAAUCCUGCAACCGUUACUGGCAAUGCCAGGGGGGCUACCCGCGGCUCCAGCGUUGCCCGGCGAUGCUUGUUUUCGACCGGCGAAGCUUGCGCUGUGUUGUACCCCCGACGGAGGACUGUGAGGUUCCGACUACUCCACUACCACUGGAGGGAGACGUUGAGCAGGGCAAGGGUAAUGCCAUUUCGAGUAGGCCUUCAGGCGCCAGCCAGAGCAAGUCCAGCGGCGGAAAAAACAAGAAUUAAACGACUGUUGGGAAAUAUGCGUUAGUUAAGAAUAUCCGCUGUCACACAGUCCCUCAAGAACAUCGUUCCAAUCACACACAAACAUACAUGCAGGACCGGAUUCACCAGCAGAACAUGUUCGAAACGCAAUCUUCAACCCUGGAAACGGAUGUCAGUGGAUCAUCCCCCAGCCCGAUCACAACAUGUAACAGUCUCACGACAGAUUGCAACCACAGUAUACGCCAGCAGAAGAUGAGUGCCCCCGAAAGAAAACUUCAUAAGUUUUGUAUAUAAAAUAUAUUUUUAAUUCAAAGUAAUGUUUAUACUAUUAUAUUAUUUCCCGCUCCCGUUUUUAUUAUGCUUUAUUAUUUAAAAUCAGUAUAUGGAGAGUGAAAAAAGAACCGUAAGAUAAAUAAAAUAGUAAAAUAAAAAGUA